AUGCAAAUCGAUGAUAAGAUUUGGGGAUGCAAAAGAGGAACAGAUGGAAGAGUUCAAUUUGGACCAAAAGUGGUCAACUCGGAGUCAUGUGGUGAUCACGAAUACGGUUCCGAAUGGGAUGAAGGUGCAUACCGCUAUAAAUGUGGUGAAGGAAACGUGAAGGAGUUUGUUGGUUGCAUAGGAGCUGGACAGUUCGUUCCAAAUGGUGAAAUUAAGAAAAUAUCCGACUUCUUUAUCGAAUGCAAGAAACAUGAGAACGGUACCAUAACGCUACUUGUGGCCCCUGAUACGGAGUGCAAAGAUGGUAGAGGACAUAAAGUAGAGGAAGGGGAUGAAUGGGUAGAUGGAUCACUGAUGUUUACCUGUGGUAAAGGCGGUAAAAAGAAGUUCAUGGGUUGUUAUACAUCGUCUGGUGAUUUCGUUCCCAACGGGAAGACGCAAUCGGUAAACGGUUUUGAUUUUGAAUGUAAGCAACAUGUAAACGGUACCAUAGAGAUGCAGAGACUCGGUAGAUCUAUUGGUGUGAAAUGCAAAGAUGAUGGAGGAUUUGAGAGAGAUCAAGGAUCCGAAUGGGAAGAAGGAUUGCUAAGGUUCAGAUGCGGUAAAAAAGGCAUAACAGAGUUCAUGGGUUGUGUCACUCCAUCCAAAGUAUUGAUUCCAAAUGGAGAUGUGAAGUUGGUCAGUUGA